AUGUCCCUUUUUGAUGAUGAUAGUGUGAGUUCUUCUUCAUCGGGUUGUGAUGAAAUGGGUCGUAUGGGUGGCAAUGAAUUUCUCUGCGCCUCAGUUAAACGUGAUUUGCUUCAUAAGAAUGGUGCUGGGGGCACCGUGAACUUGGCGUUGGGUGAUGGGGUGUCGCGGUUUACUCUCACGGCUGAAGAAAAUAGGCAGGCAGAUGAGCGACGUCGCAGGGAGGCGGCAAGUCGAUCGCGGCUACAUGGUGCACAAAAUGCCGAAGCGGAUGGAGGCAAAUCGGUCCCGGGGGAGAGUCGCUUUUAUGCUUCCAUGGCGGAGGCUCUUCAGGUGCGAAGGAAUGCACGAGAGGCGUUGUUUUUGCAGCGGAUUCAGAAGCGGCGACAGGAGGAGGCGGGAAACUCAGAAUUGGUAGAGAAAGACCUUGAGGUUGGCGUCUUCGUCACGCCACAGUACCUGGCGGCGUUAAAGCGUCAGAAGCAUCUUUCCGUUGACGCAUCUCACGUCCGUGCGGGAAUUGAUACCGCGGGAAGUGUGGAGGUGACUGAUCCUCUGGAGGUUUAUGUGCGCCAACUCGAGGAGAAGCGGUUGAAUGCAGCUCCGCAUUUUUCCUCAACAGUUUCGGCGGUCGGCGCUGUUACUGCCGAUUGCUGCAGGCAGAACGAGGCGAAGGCGAUAACGCCUGCUGCGCAGGAGAAUCCGCGGCUCAAUGUUGGAAUUGACGUGUUACCGGAAAGGAGGAAUUGUGAUUCAACGACGCACACUGUGUUGUCUUCAUCGAUAGAAACACCCACGACCGUCGCGUCAUUGCCUGAUGAAAGCGGCAUUAAUUUGCGGGGCGACGACAAUAUCAGCCGCUCUCUAACGUCUUUUUCUGCGCCGCUUGAGACGGUAUCUCCUGAGGAUGUUAUCCGUAUGGCAAGAGAGAGUCGCAAGCGUCAUCGCGCGGACCGACACUUUAUGACAGCCGCUGCCGAUAGAUUCAAUGUGCGGGCUUUAGAAGGAAUUGGGACGGGGUGA